AUGGCAUCUCACAAGCAUCCCCGCCAUAGUCUGAAAGCUGCCAAACCUGCUUCACAAAUCAAGAAAAUAGCCGUUAAUCUUAAUGGCUGGGCGGUGGAAGACGGCAUGAAAAACAGAGGGAAACAUGAGCUCAUUACCGCCCGCGCACCAAUACACGCGUCCUACAACACAGUCAUCUCGAACAAUGUUGGCCAACGUCAUAUUUUCAGAGAAAGCAAAGAAUUCACUGCUGCUGAACUGGACCCUCCUUCUGAUGGCAAUCGCAGAUAUCUCAUAGUGGGAUAUGCACCUCGCUCGAUCCCGCAUGAUGAGUACAGCACGAAGAACAAAGCCUAUGGAAAACAUGGCCGCAAGACGAUGGGAACUACCAGACCUGAAAAUGUCAUUUCUUGGGACGAAGACACAAUACCAGUCCUCGUUGUUGCUGGACUCGACUGUAAGCCAGGCGAGGGGGUGAAGUUUUGGGCACUGCUGUGGCAGGUUGAUGGGCUCUGCACUCCGUUUGCAAUCAAGAAUGAUAGUAUCUUCUUUCGAUGGGAGUAUCGAACUUUGGCUGUAAAUCUGAAGGCUAUGAAGGCUGCUUGGAUUGAGAAUGUUGCGAAGACCAUCGACAAACUCAAUAGAGCCGGUGAUCCUGAUGUACAUACAUCAUUGGACGUGUGCAAGACUGAGCCAGUGUCACCAAUCGCAAAGAAUAAGGCUCGGAGAUCUGGGGUUGCUUCUGGAAACCCUCGUAGCAAUGAAUCUCAAGGUGGAUAUCAGUCGAAAGCACCAUCAUCUAAUAAUGAUUCUUCAAGGACAUUCCCGGACUCGAGAUUUCACAGCCAAGUGCUUCACACUCCAGCUCUGACAUUCAACAUGUCACCAGACGCACAGAAAACUUCACCAAAAUCUCAAAUACCUCGAGCCACCCACGAGCUCAGAUCCCAAGCAAAUAUUAACCACGACGACGAGCUUAUUGCCCCCGAAACCCUCCAAGCAGCCAAGGAACUUCAGCGCAUCGCCCGGCAGUCCCUUCAAGCCGAGCGCUCAAAGCUCUCAGCAGACCAAGCAUCCUUCACAGUCAAACAAGCCGCCAUCGACAAAUGGCGCGACUCCCUAACCGAAGAGAAGCGAGUCUUCGAACAAGGCCUCUCCUUCCAAGUAGCCAGACUCACCUCGCGAGAAAGAAACCUAGAGGCUGGCGAGCAGCGAGUCUACGAGCGCGAACAGCAUGUAAAAGUUCGUGAGAACGAUGUGAAGGGUAGAGAGGUACGAGCUGAGAAGUGGGAGGAGAGACUGAGAGCUUGGGAUGCGAAUCUGAGGGAAAGGAGCAGGAUUUCGCUUGAGAGGGAGAAUGUUUAUCAGGAUGAUUUGGCUCGAUUGAAGGCUGGUCAGGGAGAAUUGAUUGAGCGUGAGGAGGCGAUCGGGGACGUCAAGAGGGCGCUGGAUGAGAGUGUUGAGCAGGCGAUGAAGGCUCUUGGGGCUGUUCAGCAGUCUUUAGGGAAAAGAAGUGUGGAGGGUGAUAGGGAGGGAAGACGGAAAUCGAAAAAGCAAAGGAAUAGUGUUGGAUGUUGA